UCUAAGACGACUACGGUAUGUAGUUAUUUAUUUAUGUAUAUAUGUACCGAUAAGUUAAGCGAUUUGUUGAAGAAAUCUACAGUAAAAGAUGACUGAUAUUACCAUAGAAGAUUUCUGUGUCGGCAACUUACAAGAAACACCGCUAUCACUAUUCAUUCAGCUAAUUAGUACAUUAGUAGUCGCCAAAUGCUCUUUAGGAUCAGAUAUUGACUAUCCAGAUGAUUACGGAACGAAACUACAAAAUGGAGACGAGUUUGAUUUCAUUAUUAUCGGUGCAGGAUCUGGAGGAUCAGUACUGGCUAACAAAUUAACAGAGGACAAAAAUUGGAAAGUGCUGGUGCUAGAAGCUGGUGGAAUUCCCUCGGAUACUAGUGACGUUCCUUUUCUUUCUUUUAAUGUACAAGGGUCUUCGAAUGAUUGGCAAUAUAAAACUCAGGCAGUAAAUAGGUCAUGUUUGGGUUUUACAAAUAAACAAUGUAAAAUUCCUAGAGGAAAAGCUCUAGGAGGUACUAGUGCAUUAAAUGAUAUGACCUACAUCAAAGGUUUUCAAAGAGACUAUGACAAAUGGGCAGAGAAUGGAAAUGACGGAUGGGGCUGGAAUGACGUGAAAGAGUAUUUCAAUGAUAUAGAAAACGUUCAGGCUCCAGAUGAUUUAACCACGAAUAUGGGUGUAGGUGGAUUACUUCCUUUAUUUAAAUUAAAAAACAACGAUCCCAUUACACAUUCAUUAAAAGAAGCCUUUAAUAACCUCAGAAUUCCUUACCACGAAGAGCAGACCCAAAAGAGACAAUAGGAACAGUAG